AUGAAUACUCAUACUCCAACUUCCCUCAUCUUUUCUCCAACCCUAUUGUUUUCACUGUUUUAUUUCACCGCAAUCACCCAAGCAGCUACCUUUGACAUCGUGAACAAAUGUAGAUUCACAGUCUGGGCUGCAGCUGUACCAGGUGGAGGUCGAAGAUUAGGCCCAAACCAAUCCUGGAAAAUCAAUGUAGCUGCUGGAACAACUCAAUCCCGCAUAUGGGGUCGAACAAAAUGCAACUUUGAUGAUAAACCACCAAAUACCCUAGCUGAAUAUGCAUUAAACCAAUUCAAUAACUUGGAUUUCUUUGAUAUUUCUCUCGUUGAUGGGUUUAAUGUACCCAUGAGCUUUACCCCUACGAGCGGCUGUCGAGGUAUCAAAUGCACGGCUGAUAUAAAUGGACAAUUCCUGAAACAACUGAAGGCACCAGGAGGUUGCAAUAAUCCGUGCACAGUUUUGAGGACAGACAAGUAUUGUUGCAACUCAGGCAGCUGUGGGCCGACUGCUUUAUCUAAAUUUUUCAAAAAAAGGUGCUCCAAUGCUUAUAGUUACCCGAAGGAUGAUCCUACUAGUACUUUUACUUGUCCUGGUGGUACAAACUAUAGGGUUGUGUUUUGCCCACGUUAA